CUCCUUUGUCACAAUGGUGACAAAAGAAAUUCAUUGGUCGUGCUCGGUCAGACUUGUUGAUACAAGUUACUGUGCAAUUGUUUUCUAAAACCAGAACAUCUAAGAGUACAAGUAACUGAAUUAAAGUAUUUUCUUCAAAUUAAUUCCGUUCUGACCAAAUUUUGUAGAAUUGCGCUGCGCUUAUGCUUUUUACGGUAUGAAAGUGGCACCGUUGUCUGGUAUCGUUGCUAGGGCAACAUCUUAUGUUGAUAUAGGCAACAACAUGCUCGACGACAUCCAUCAAGUUAGCCAGCUAGCUCUGUCUUUAGUCAACAACACAGUUAGCUUCCCAGCUCUCGCUACGGUAACUUGGUUCUAGUGAUUGGUAUCAACUGUAUGUUUCUUCAACAUGGAAGAAAAUGUUUCUGGGAAAGAUGCUGAUAUCCACGAAUUAAAAGCCUCUGUAGAAGCCAUUGACUUCCUAUCCAGCAUUGAGUCUGCUGAUUUGCAGAGGUGUGUGUUCUCAGACGCUCUGGUGACAGUGUCUGAGGGGGGCAGGGAGCUUGGGGAGUUCAAUGUGACGGUGGAGCGGGUCUCUCGAGGGGAGCAGUCAUGCUUUCUGGUGCAUGCUCACAGCCACGGAGCUAUUGAUAACACACCCUGUGGAACAGCUAUAACAGCAUACCUGUCCACGAGUCUAGAAACACUUGAGCAAGAUCAUCAUGAGUAUGUCAAUCUUCAGGAACACAUGCUGGACAGACGGUGUCACAUGGUUCAGCAAGACGGACAGAUGGUUGUCAAAAAAGUCACCACUGUAGGAGAGGAGGUGAAGAAACAGACUGUGUGUUAUCCACUGGCCACUUUACGUGGGCUGGUUACUGAGGGUUCUAACCUGCUGCUGCUGAGACUUCUUUCUCUGAAGAAGAACGUUCCAGAACACAUGACCUUCAUCUCUUUUGAUCAGGAUACAAGCUUAUCCUCCUCGACUUACAGGGGUCUGGGUCUAAAGCAGCAGGCAGUGGGAGAUGAGGUACUGGAGGUGUUUGGGAUUGAGCGGUCAGUUGACUCAAUGGAGGACAUCCCUGCUACAUGGCACUGCUAUUUCCUUCCAGAUGGUCACCUGGCCAGCAGAGUGCAAGUGGGUUCUCCUGUCACCAUGAGGCUCCUGCAGUUGCCCCCACGGUCAAACAAAGAGGUGAGUGAUGAUAAGCCUGUGUUUGAGAAGAGGCCUCUGGUGUGGGAAGAGGACAUGCAGAUGCACUCCAAGUUCCUAGACAGAAAGGAGGAACUGAAGGCUGAGCAUGCAUCCUACCUGAGGCAGCACCCAGAGCUCCGUGUCAUAAUGGCUGACUUUCUUCAGUUCCUAUUGCUGAGGAAACCAAGCAAUGUGUUUCUGUUUGCCAAAGAAUACUUCCUCCCUUUCUCAUCUUGUCAUCCCCCAAGAGGAACAUUUAAUUCAUCAUCACCCUAAGAAUUGUAUAGGCCUCCUUCACUUUUCUGUAUCAUUAUUGUCAACCAGUAAAUGCUUUGUUUCCUGUUAAUUUAGUCUUCUUUUGGUCAUGACUGGCAGGUACAGUAAAUAAAUCAAGGACAUCAUACUACCAUUUCAGUAUGCCCCAAGUAAUCAUAAUAGGUUUCCUACUCUUAUGUCUUUGUGUCAUUUAAUAAAUAAGUAAAAAAAUUAAGUCUUUAGAGGAUCUCAUUUUGACCUUUAUGAUUUAUGUUUGCAAACCGUCAAUAUAGCUUUAAUUUGACGCUUUUCCUCCCACCACAUUAAUUCACUCAGUGUAAUAUUUUACUGACUCCACCCUCUGACAACGAGUUAGACCAAUGAACAGAGGCGAAGGCUUUUUAUGUUCAUUGCAAACUGAAAGUAAAAAAAAAAAAAACGAAAAACAAGAGGAACGGUUCUAGAAACUGUUGUUAAGUUUACCGUCACAUU